AUGUCCGGAGCAGGUGGUCGGGAAAGGCUUGAUCCUAGUGGAGAGCCCUUUACAGUUACUCGUAGGGGUGGUCGCAAGCAACGUAGAGCUGACCAGAGGGCUUUGGACACCCAGGCAGGUCUUUAUCAGCCUGAGCAAUCUUGGUCUGAGGCUAAAAGAGAAGCGUUUGAGCGACUUCAGAUUCUUGCGAGUAGGCGUCGGGAGCUAGCGGAUCUUGAGAGGAAAGCUAGGAGGGAUUUUGAGGAAGCAGGUUCGGAGCCAGUUCCACCUUCAGGGUCUCACCCGUUGGCAAGCGCGUCGCGCGGCAGCGGAGUAGGUGACUACGUUGAGGUGGCGGUAGACGAAGGAGUAGAGCCGGAAGAACCGAAGGGAGUAGGACCUGAGCCUGAGAUUCCUGAGCCCGAGGUUCCCCAGCCUGUGGUUCCCAAGUCCAAGUACGUGGUAGCUAAGUCGGCUCGUAAGAAGAGGUCUCAGGAAGCAGCUCCAAAGGUUACCCCCAAAGAGCCAGAAGCAUCACGUCCCAAAUCUUUGGAACCGUCGACCAUUACUACCUCUACCGGUUCGGUCGUUGCUGCACCCCGUCCCAAGAAGAAGCCUCUAUCCGUUCCCAUCCUGCCCGAAGCUGCGGAGAGCGGAGAGCUUCAGUUGAGACCGGAAGAAGGGUCUUUGGCGGACCCCAAGGCCAGUCCGCUGAAGAAGAAGAGUCGCAGGGCUAGGUCGGGCGAGGCUUCGGAAGGCGGUGAGGUGAGAGAGGUUGAGGGUUCGCUUCGGCCAGCGGAGCCUGAGGGGCUGCCAAGGAACCUUCAAGCUUAUCCUAGGACCAUUAGGAUUGUGUGUGAUUUUCACGGAGUCCUCGACCUGGAUACGGAGCAGACUGACUUGUACGGUAGGAAAUCCUUCUGGCAGCAAGGUGGCAGUAUCUACCCUGAAGCCCGCAGAACCUUCCAAGAGUUCCUCCGAGCCAACCCCCAAGCCGAGCUUCACGUUCUGAGCUUUGUAGGGUCCAGCUCCACUGCAAAGCAAAACGCAGUCGUAGUGGCGGUACAGGCACUAGCACGCACACUGCGUACCAAUCAAGUGAACAACCGCAUCAGCGUGUGCAUUUGCUUCGACCGUUCCCACAAAGCUUACAUCGCCAAGUCCUUGGAACCAGCCGUGGUGAUUGACGACUCGUACCAAAUCAUCGAAAACUAUCUUGCUGAAGAGUCGUCGCAUCGGCCGCGGCAGACGAUGAGCUCCUCGGAGGAGAUAUCGUUGGAACUUAGUUCAGCUUCGAUUGUGGAAGGUUUGGUGGGAAAAGCCGCUAAGUUGGAAGAGGAGUUUUGUGCCCUGAGGGACAUCGUACAGGAAAUGUGGAUCAACCAAGAAUCCUGGAAUGAAUGGUCUCCCCCGGAAGCACCUUCUCAAACAGCCGGAACACCCCAAAACGCCCAAUCGUCGUCGCCCGCGCGUGUGCAUCGAUUGGAUACCAAUUCCAGUGAUGAGGGUGUUGAAGCUCCUUCUGCCGGUGUUGAGUCGGUGCACGAAGAGGAUUUAGAAGUGGCACAUGUUAAGCAAAAAGAUUUGCAUCACAUGAAAUUUCCUUCGUUGCCCGACAACGCUGGAGCGUUCAGAGCGUGGAGGAAUUCGAUUGUGCCAAUGGUCUCAUCAUUCGACCGCUCCUCAAACGGAGAGGUGACAGAUUGGGUCCUAAAGGCGGUUCGCGCCCGUUCGGACUCAGAGAUCCGUGCACUUUACGAUUCUUCUGAUCCUUAUCCUCGUUUGGAUCGUGUGUUGGCGAGUGCUCUGACAAAGCCUGAACACUUGAAGUCGCAUUUUGGUCUCAAGUUUCAGUCGUAUAUCGAAGAGUGCGAAGCGUCGUCACGGCCCUUGCGUGGCCGAGUGUUGUUGAACUUUGUUGUGCGUGAGUUUGAUCCGGAUUCCACGUAUGGCACGGUUGUCUCAGAGCUUGAGUUGUUUUCGAUGCCGGCGCCUGAGGGUUCCAUGCAGUCCUUGAAGGCGUGGAGAGACAAGGCAUUGUACAUCCUUAGCCAGUUGCCGACCUCAGAGAGACCGUCAGAGAAGUUGCUUUCGAAGUGGCUUUUCGAGAGGCUUAAGAAGGUUGGUUUGCUUCGGAGACACACUGACAAGAUCAGAGACGCGGCUGAGGGAGCACCAGAGAGGAGUUUUGAUUGGUUGUGGUCAAGACUCGAGCGCACGAUCUUAGAAGGAAAGCAGGAGCAGAACAUGAUCUCGAUUCAGGAGGCGUUGAGGAAAGGACCCAAGAAGGAAACCCCAGGAGUCCCUGCCCCCACCGACAAGAACAAGGAUAAAGGAAAGAAUGGGAAAACCGGUGAGGGUAAAGGCGGACAGUCCAAAGGCAAGGGAGGAAAGGGUUCAGGGACCCCCAACGACAACAAAAAUAAGGAUCAAAAGGACAAGGCAGGAAAGGACAAAGGAAAAGGGAAGAAAUCGGACCCUUUGUUCGAAAAGGCUAAGGAAGAAGGUGUAUGCAUCUUUUUCCAGAAGGACAGAUGCACUCGUGGAGACAACUGCCCUUUCAAGCACGAGAAGAUCGCUGUUUCAGGCGCCCCGGCUCCACAGGCAAAGGCGAAAGCUGCCGCGGCAAAGGCCACACCCAAAGCCGCCGCAGUGGCUUUGGUAGUUGCCGCCUUGGCCUCAGGCGCGACUGCCUCUGUAGCCGAUGCCGGUCCGUGUUGCACUUUAGAUGUGAUUGGAGACACAGGAGCAGGGGAACAUUUGGGUUCCAAAGAAGCUUUCGUGAAUCAGGGUGUGUCUUCUAGCGUCGUAGACCAGUUCUGCGGUACUUCUUCCAGCCACAUCGCCUUUGAAACAGGCGGUGGAAAGAAACAAUCGAAUGAAUCGAUUGGGGUUUGGACUGAGUCUCUCAAGAAAGUGGCGAACAUGUUCAUGUUGAAGUCAUGCCCACUGGUCUUUUCCAUCGGCCAAUUUGUUAUGAAUCAGGGUUACAGCUUCUUUUGGCCAAGUGGGGAGCUUCCAUACUUGAUUCCACCAGAAGUUGAAUACAAGAUGGAAGUUGACAUUGAUGAGUGUAGGUUAGCCGACCGGGUUGAUCAUUGCGUGCCCAUCUUCAAGGAGAGGGUAGAGCUCAUCUCUGGCAUGCCUGCUGGACUUCUUGUUCCGUUGAUUCCUCCAGGAUACAUUGUUUCUGCUUCAGAGAGACUUGGGUGGAGUAGGUUCGGAGGUAGCCUGCUUCAUGCCAUGAAGAAUCCCAAAACGUUUCAGGUCACCGAGGAAACAGCCCCAGUUCUGCGUACCACGUGGCUGCACACGACAGCUGGUCAGUGGUUUGAGGUGGAACGCCAGGCACGGUGGCAAGAUCUCGAAGUUCAAGAGGCGCCGCUGCCUUUUGCCGCGGACCUCAUCGUUACAGAGUUUUUCAGAGAGCCAAUGUCAGAACGCUCUGGCGAGACUACUGCGUCCAGGGAGUCAGCGCGACGCGCGGUCUCAAAGGAUGCAGUAGCCCCAAGCAGCAAGGAUCUCGAGAAGGUCGGAAGCAAAGCUUCGAAGGACGAUGAGAAUUCAGAAGAGGAGUGGGUUGAAGAACUUGAGCCCAACCAUUUCCUCACGCACUACCCUAAAUCUAGGAAGUGCAACAUUUGUUUGCAAGCUAAGCUUAUGGGUCAUUACCAUCGCAGGCGCUCCAACCAAAGCUUGAGUCUUCAGGAAGCUCGCAACAAAGAGGAACCUGAGGAGCCGUGUCAGCGAAUCGCUGUAGAUCACAUGUUUUCCUAUGAUCAGCCUGCUGAUGGUGAUGAGGUUGUGUCUUUUGUGUGCAGGGAUCGGUAUUCCGGCAUGGUUUGGACCUAUCCUGCCGAAACUAAGGAAAGCGAAGAGGUUGAGAAUUCGCUGCGACACUUCUGUGGUAGGAAAUCUCCCAUUGUGAGUGUUGCUUCGGACUGUGCACCAGAAAUUUUGAAGGCGAUUCGGGACUUGGGUUUCAAUUCGGAACCUAGUGUUCCAGGUGAUCGACUUCACAACCCAUUCGCAGAAUCUACAAUUCGAACCUUGAAACAGGGUACCAGGGCUCUGCUGCUUCAGUCGGGUCUUGGGGAGCGCUGCUGGAAGUAUGCACAAAGAUGCUUUGCUUUCCAUUGCAACGUGUCUCUCGAACCUCCUAAGGUCAUACAGGAUUUGGCUAAGGAGAAGGGAGUCGAGUGUGCGGGUACCAGGUACGAAGCUCAUCUGGGUUAUCCGUACGAGGGUUACUUGAUACCCUUUGGUGCGUUGGUGUGGUAUAAGAACAAAGAUGCCGCAACCUUCGCCCCGAGAGGCGAAGCCUCGAUUUACAUGGGUCCCACAGUCAUUGACGGUUUGCGUCACAAAGGUGUUCACCUCGUUGCACCGUUGUCGUCUGUCCGAGAAGGCGAUUUCGGCGUUGUUGCAACGAAAGAGAUCGCGGUGCCAAACGGCAGAUGGUCUUUCCCAUUGGCAAAAGCCAAAAAGCUAGAUGAGGAUAAUCCUCACCACAAGCUGCCGCCGAUUGAAGCUUUCACGGCACCGCCCGCGGAGCCUGCUGAAGCGGUGGUUGAAACCAGAAGGGAAGGAGCGGAGACGUCUGCUCCAGUGGUGAAACGUCACAGGGCCAUCACCAAGUUGCGCAUUGCGAUUCACGGCAAAAGUCCGAAGUGUGAUGGUUGCAAGAACGGGUCUUACAAUCACUCACCUGCGUGUCGAGAGCGUUUUGAUGCGUUGCUUGAUUUUCACGAGCCUCUGGCAAAGGCAGAGGAAGUCCAAAGGGCUGAAGAUGAAGAAACAGAAGCGGACUUUCGCCCACCAGUGGAGUCGGAGCCUCCUGCGUUCACAGGUCCGAGUUCAGGGGGGCCUGAAGAGAUCGCUUCGGGCUUGACAGCUUGUGUUGACUUGCUCCUUUCUGCAGAGUGCGGUACAGUCGACGAAGUUCUUGCUCAAAAGUUGUUUUCAGAGUUGCCGCAAGAAGCUACCUUUGCACUUCCGGCGACCACUCGUCGCGAACUUCAAAAGGAGUCGGUUGGCGUUUGUUUCGGGGAGUUCUGCUGCUCGCCGGACAGCCAACUAAGGCGAGUUGCCAAGGAGUUCGAGAUAGAAUAUCUGGGCCUUAGCAGAGACUUUGUCGAUCUGACGGAUCCGGAACAAGUCGCUCAGAUAGAACUGUGGAUGACGGAACAGGCUGUCAAUCACAAGGUGUUGCACAUCUUGGGGUCGUUGCCGACACUAGACGGACACAAAAGAAACGCGAAGAAUUCGGAAACCUUGUUGAUUAGGCACUUCGUGAAGUUGGCGGAAAUCGCUUCUUGCUCUGGCGGUACCGUUACUUUCGAGUGGCCUCGUCGAUACGAGGGUUGGAAGGACCUGUUGGUGUUGGACAUGAUCGCUCGAUUCGAACUACAGGUGAGCUUCCCCACCGGUUGUGGCUUCAAGCUUUCUGUUGAAGGUAAAACACCGUUGAUGGCUUGGCGUGUCGUCAGCUCGAGCUCGAGACUUACAGUUGAGUUUGGAAGAAGGUCGUGUCGGUGCGCUUUUCCGCAUCAAGAGCUUGACGACCACAUGGCCUUCAAGGCAAGGUUUUACAACAGAGCCAUGGCGACGGUGAUUCUAGGGGCCUUGUUUCCCGAGGUGGUUCACGAUCACGUCCCUGCGCUUCCUGUUGUUGCCUUGCAGUCUGGUCCUUCUGAGCACAGGGAGAGAGAAGUUCCCGGUGCUCCAGGUUUGGAAGAGGCUUUCGGUCUGGUGACUAAAUCCUUGUCUCGCAAGGAAAUGUUGGCCUCACCGGAUGCUUUGCAAGCCAUCAAGAAAGAGGGUGAAAAGCUGCGUCUUAAGGACACAUGGGACGAUAGCACGGCGAUAGACCCAGACACUCUUUGUCAAGAGGCCAGGAAGACAGGGGCCAGACUGCAUGUCGCUGAAGCUAUGACCAUCGCUGGAAUCAAGAACUUUGAGCUUCCUCCUGAGAAGCAUGUUCACAAAGGACGCGUUGUGUACCGUGGUGACGCGGUGCGAGACGAGCGCGGAGCUCCAGCGCUGUUUCAGGCGUUGCAUUCGUUGCCCACAAACAUUCAAGCAAUUAACUUGACUCUUUUCCUGGGCCUGUUGUCAGGGUUUGUCGUUCAAGCCGCAGACGCGUGCCAAGCCUUUUUACAGGCACCUCUGAGGUCGUCAAUCCCGACUUGGGUUAUCUUGCCUCAAGAAUUGUGGAUUCCCCAGUGGAAGGGGAAGUUCAAGCGGGUAGCUGUUCGUCUUCGCAAAGCGUUGUAUGGGCAUCCAGAUGCUCCCGCGUACUGGCAAGUGCACUUGGAAGGUAUCUUGACGUCGUUGCUUGCUGCCACGGUGGUUGAGGGCUUCCCGUCAGUCUUUUGGAUCCCUACGCUGUGUGUCUUAGUGACGAUAUACGUUGACGACAUUUUGGCUGCCGGUCGCCCUCAAGCCCUCAAGGAAUUUUGGGCACAACUUUCAAAGCACAUCGAAAUUGAAGCGCCGAGCGAUGUCGAUAGGUUCCUGGGUCGAUACCACAAGUUUGUCGAUUCUUCUACGGUCUUCCUCCAUAUGGAGGAAUACGCCAAGCAAGCCAUCGAGCUCUACACGUCGCUUCCUGGUGCUAAACCACUGAAGGGUGCAGACUCACCGUAUGUGGCGGAGGGGUCGCUUCCUCUUGAAGAUUGGCAAGUGAAGGGGGAACUUUCCCAGCAUUCUGCCAAAAUCCUUAUGAAACUUCUGUGGUACUCUCGCUUGUGCAGACCAGAUCUAGCGCACGCCAUCUCUUCCCUUGCAGCCCAGUCAACCACCUGGUCCAAGAAUGCAGACAAGCAAGUACAUCGGCUGAUGUGCUUCGUGAUGCAAACCAUGGACGUUGGGCUCAGGGGGGUGGUGAAGGAUCCCUUAAAGGAUUGCGUGUUGGAUCUCUUCGUGGACGCUGAUCUGGCUGGUUGUCCCCACACAGCCAAGUCGACAUCGGGACUUUGGCUUCAAAUAAGCGGACCGAAUGGGACUCAAUUCCCAAUUGCGUGGUCAAGUCGACGCCAAGGGGCGGUUUCCCGCUCCACCACGGAGGCAGAGAUGAUCUCGCUUGCGGAGGGUCUGUUUGUUGAAGCGUUGCCGGUUCAAGACCUGUUGUCAAAAGUUGCCGAGCAUGUUGUCCCACUGGUGAUUCACGAAGACAACGAGGCGGUGAUCAAGCUGAUAGAAGCAGGGCCCUCGCGAGGCUUCCUUUUCAGGACCUCUCGCGACGGGGGGGGCAGGGCGGACAAGAAAUGCAUAUCCUGUUGCCAUGCAGCCGUUUUUUUUCAAGAGAACUUGCAAAAGAUGAAGCCUGCCUGGGCUACGGCCGUGGAGCAGGCAUUGAAGAAAGAUGCUCCGGCAUUGGGGAGAUGGACGGAGAUCGAAACUAUCCUGCAGGAGAGCAGGAAGUGCUACAGGCAGGUGCUGCGGCCGGGUCAAGUCCUGGCCUUUAGUUUCAACAAGCGGCAAGUGGAUAUGAAUGGAGGGCUGCUAGCUGAGGUGCGAGGCGAUGAGCGAUACAUGUCGUUAGCAUGCAGUCACUUUACGGCAUUUUGCCGUGCCUGCAUUGCAGCAUGUCCCUCGGACCAAGAGACGGUGUCGGACAACGGCAAGCUCACGUUGCAGCGAUUGUCUACGGACUUUCGGCAGGCCGUGGAUAAUGGAUGGGAGUGGCUGGUGCUGUCAGCGGAAGUUGAUGCAGUACUGCCCUCGCUGGCCUCCUUCGUUCAGGAAGUCAUGAAUGCAGCCCAAGGAGUUGCAAGAACGGCAGGCGAGCUGGAGCUCGCCAUGGCGAUGGUGACCCGAGCAAAGUUGCUGGCAGAGCAAGGUUUGUGCAUCGACUGGGAUGUUGUGCAAGCUGAUGUAGCAGCCACGGUGCCGGAUGCCUCGCCACAGACCGUGGCCGCUUGCGGGUUGUUCUGCAGAUUCUAUGCAGGAGGAACCGAAGCACCUCUGCUGAAGUUUUUGCACGACUUUUCCUUGAAAUAUGGGGCAAGCAAAAGAUUGGGAGAGGAAUUCAUGUCCACGGUCGCCGGCCUCCGGUUUGCAGGGCAGGAGCGAUCGCAUGCUUUCGCAAGGGCUGCGAUGAUCGCGACGAACCUGACAGCCACAAAAGUGGUAGACGGUGUGGCUCGGCUGCUGAGCAAGAGCGAUGUCAGCAGGCUCUGUGCGAAAGGCAUGGAAGAUGCUGUAAAGGAUUGGGAGGAGCUUCUUGCUCGUGCCUGGGCUCACACUCAGAAUGUGACGGAGGCAAGUGCACGUGCCAAGGCAGUUGAGUGCUUCGGUCGCCUGAUGGUUCGCAGCACCCUCUUCAUGUGCAAGAAAGAGAAGUCGGGGCAAGAAGGCCUUGAGCACGGGUCAUUGGCCAAUUUGCUGACUUUGUACGAACACGAGAUGGGUGGCAAGAGUGCCGGUGCAACACCGGCUGCUGCUACAAAAGAUGGGCCGUCUGAUGCGGCCCCUGCGACCUUGGAGAACAUGCAGGACCCGGCCUUCCUGAUGAAGCUGCAAGGCUUCGCAGAGGGGAACCUGUACAAAGGCAAGCAGAAGUAUCAGGACAUCUGGCCUUGGAAGCUGGAGAAAAUCGGCCAGAGCCACGGCUCUUUCUCGCUGUCUUGCCCAGUGAGCUGGGACAAGAAGGUCGAGGUGCCUCUGAGCGAGCUCAAGAAAUUUUUCGAGCUGUAUAGCGGAGUUGACUUGACUUUUUUGAAGAGUCCCACGUGCUGUCUGUUGGAGGGCAAAGUCAAGACAGGCAAGCUGACGAUCUUCCCCUUCACGGAUCAGAUUUCAAAGGUUGGCUUAAAGCCGGCAGCUGGCAGUGUGGAGGUUUGGCAUUCGGCCUCGGGCACAAGCUUGUAUAUUUCACCCCCGGCUGCAGCCGCAAGUUUGCUAUCUGCCUUCUGGCAGAUCCCGGUCGGCUCAGAGCCGAAUCUGACGACAGUCCUUCUGAACGAGAAGGGCUGGAAGAUUCCCAUUUUGAAGAACACUGCUCCGCUGAAGGAGUGCAUCCUGUACAGGCCGAAACCUGCCGAAAGUUUGAGGGCCUCGGCCCAAGAGCUGGAUCAAGGAGCCAUGAUGUCUGCAAUGGAACUUUUUGGCGCUUUUUGCAAGUGUGAAUUCAAGGAUGGUUUGCAGGCACGUGUUGUUGAUCUUUCCAUAAAGUUCGGCUCAAGCCUAAUGCCGCUGGUAAUCGAAAGAAAAUAUGUCCUGAAGCUGGAUGGUGCCAGCUGGACUCUGGGUGACAAGGAGCUAGAAGCAACGGACCAUGGUCCGUUUGUGGUACUUCGUCCAUGGAGCCCGGGCUUGUGCAAGCUGCUUUCUAAGCAGCAUAGCAUAAAACUGCCAAAAUACCCGGCAAAUUCAUCGUUGUCCCAGAGCGAUGUUUAUCUAUCGCUCGUGGGCUCCCGAAACGAUGCCUCCAAGGAGCAGCAGUCCAAGCGGCAGGCAGAGAAACUGAAAGAACAGAGCUCUGGCCUUUUCGGCGGGGAAGACAGCGAGGCUGCUCUAGUGUCUGUAACAGGCAGCUCUCCGAGAAAAGCAGCGAGGACUCGCUUGUCCCGCCGUGCUUCCAGGGAAGCAAGAGCAGAAAAGAAUGUGCUCAAGGUUGCCUGGAUGGAAAAGGAGAUCCGUGUCCUGGAGGCGGGCCAUGUCACGGAUGUGCCCGAAGUCCACUUGGAUGAUAUGGCACUGUUCUUUGAAGCAACACAAAAUGCCGUGCUUACUGCUGUUGUGAAGUUUGUGCCGGUGUUGGCAGCUGUUUGGGCUCCUGUAGGGAGCCCUUGGAUGCGGGCUGGCCUUUUUUACGAGGCGAAGUCGUCGGCCAUGCCCAAGCAGCGGGACCAGGAUAGAAGGAGGAGGAGCUCGAGCUCAGAGGAUAGAGAAGAACGACGAGAUCCUCGACCACGGUCGAGAUCUCACGAAGAGUCCGAGGACCAAAAGAAAAAGGAGGAGGAUGGCAACAAAAAGCCAGAGGAGAACGAGAAGAAGAAAGAGGAGGAGGAGAACUUUGAGGAGGAAACUGAGGCCUCCGAGGAGGCAACUGAGUCCGAGGACAAAGAAAAGGAUCCGGAGGAGGAGCCGGAGGAGGCUACGGCCUCGAAGCCAAAGGAGGCGGCCUCGGAGGCUGCGGCCUCGAAGCCCAGAGUCCCUUCUCUGGAUGAGAAGACCGCUCCUGAGUGGCCGAUAAGUGCCGCCGGCAGGCAGAGGCUGGAGAAAAAGCUUGCAAAAGCCAGGGAAAAGAAGGAGAAAAAAAAGGGAAAGAAGGAUAAAAAGCAAAUGGAGAAGGAUGAAAAGAAAAGCGAACAAGAGAGAGCAGAGAAAAAGGACAAGGAGGUGGAUGAAAAAUUGAAGGGGGCAAAUGAGAAGGCAGCAGAUGAGAAGAAGGACAACAAGCCUUCGGACGGGCCCAAGGGCCCGUCCAAAAAGUGCCCCAUUUGCUGGAGGUGGAUACAGGAGCAUGCGGCCGCCCGUCGCCAGCACCGAUUGUCGGUGUUUCACCGAACUUGGAAAUACAUAGCCCAAGGGCUCAGCAAGGAGGCUGCUGCAGGCCGGGCAAAGCGCCGGUUCCAGGAGCACUGGCAGCCCGGGAGGGAAGAGGAGAGCGAAGAGGAAUCCGAAGUCCCAAAGUGGGAGCUGCGGCGGGAUUCCGGCAACAAGGGCCAUGGAUAUGGCGACAAGGGCCAGGGAUAUGGCUAUGGUGAUGUGAGAGGCGGCUCCGGCCCCUCGAGGGCCAAGGCCCAUGCCGAAGCUGAGAAGGGCCCCGAGGAUGACAAAGAGGAUCGAAAGCCGGUGAAGCUUUUGCCCAGGAGUUUGCCAGCUAAGGCUGGCAAGACCGGCCAGGACACCAAGAAGAAGGGCAGCAAGGCUAAGGGCAGCAAGGCUAAGGCCAAGCGAAAGCGACAGGAGUCGCCGGUACGGGACGGUGAUCACGUCCCAAUGCCGGACAAGAAGGACCCGGAAGAUCCGGAAGGAGGCGGCCCUGAGAGCUACGGCAAAGUCGUGACGAGCUUGUUUCAGAUAGCUUGUCACGAGCUGAGGCAGCGGUACUAG